AUGAGGAGCAAAGUGACUGUACCCAUUAUUUACCAUAAUAGGUCACAUCAGAAUUUGGUGCGGGCAUACUUCAAGAGUGCUCGAGAAGUGCUGACUGAAACAAGAGAAGUUCAUGUGACACACGAGACAACAUAUCCGUUUAGUGAAUGGAACAUAGUGACGUUAGCGCUAGAGGCUGGGCUAUUUUUGGUCAAUGAAGUGAGUUUCUCAUUGUGGCAUUAUCCAGGUUAUCAGAAUAAGAGAGGGGCUGGGAUAUGUGACCAAACUUUUCCUGUUGGAAAGUCUAGCACCUUCAAAUUUUCCGAGUACCAUUCGUACUGCUUCCAGUUUCCUCCUUGGUGGUUGGAGAGUACUAGUAGUGCAUGGUUGAUGCUCUAG